ACAUCGUUCCAGAUCGUGAUCGCGUGCGCUCUGGUGGCUGUGUGCCAGGCUGGUCACCUGCACCACGCACCAGCUGUCUCCUCCCAGAGCAUCGUCCGUCACGACCAGACCGUCCACCACGAGACUCCCAUCCACUACUCUGCUCCCGUUGUCCACGCUGCUCCCGUCCACUACUCGGCCCCAGUCGUCCACGCCGCGCCUAUCGCUCACGCCGCCCCCAUCGCUCACGCCAUCCACGCCGCCCCAUCCCACGAAGACCACUAUGUCGAUGAAUACGCUCAUCCCAAAUACGGCUACUCUUACUCCGUGGAAGACCCCCACACCGGUGACCACAAGUCACAGCACGAGACUCGUGAUGGUGAUGUCGUGAAGGGAGAGUACUCCCUGCUCCAGCCCGAUGGCUCUUUCCGCAAGGUCACCUACACCGCUGACCACCACAAUGGAUUCAACGCGGUCGUGCACAACUCCCCGCCCGUCAUCCACCAUCAUUAGAAGAUGAUUUACCCAAUCUGUGAUAUUAGUGUUAAUGUGUUCGUGAAGUGAUCGAGUGUAGUCUUCCACCUGUUCUCAUUAAAGAUAUUUAGUAAUAUACCCAACAGUGCAAUGAAACCAGUAGUAAGGAAAUUUCAACGGUAGACUAGCCUUCUAGACGUAUCUAUAUGAUUUUUCUCUGUACAUAGUUUAAGCUGUCAUCGCUAAUUUGUUUAUAGUGUACGGUUGAAUAUAUGUAAAACAUUUUCCUGGUUGGUGUGGGCAAUACUUGUAUAUAGCUUAGCUUGUCCAAUAAAGACGAUUAUUAUAAAAAAAA